CUGUUAAAUGAUGAGUCAUACAAGUUUCGGUUGUUGGAUAAUUUGAUGGUAGCUGGUUUAAGCAAACCAAGUUCGUAAUAGAAAUAAAAGAUGAAGAUGUAGCCUUCAAUGAUUUGACAAUAAUGCCCUAAGCAGUUACAGAUAGAGGUUUCCAUGGCUGUUUGAAACAAUCAUUUGUUUGUAGAGCUAAUUUGUCUCAAUUUAUCCAGACAAGAGAAAAAGAACCUUCUACGAAAUGAAGUUAUUUUUCAAAGCUUUUUUUUUACUUUUUGUUUACCAACUUGUUGUAUUAUCAUUAGCUGAAGGAAAAAAUAAAAAUAGGAAGAAACAUCGAAAUUCGAAAGAAAACAAAAAGAUUGUGAAAAAUGGUACAGUUGGUAAAAACAAACUUGCCACUAUAGUUGAUGAACCAAUCGAGGUAACAAAAACUAUUGAAGAGAUCAACAUUGCACACGGAAGAUUCAGUGAUACAAAGUUUCCAGCUGGAAAUAAAAGAAGUCAAUCUAAAUUUGUAACUUUAUGGAAAGAUAAAAAUGGCAGACCUCGAAUUCCAUAUGUUAUCAAUAUUGGACCUGAUAAUACUACAACAAAUUAUACAACUAUUAUUAAACAAUCUGUACAUGCUAUGAAUGAAUAUAUGUCUCCCUGUGGUCAUGAUGUAUGGGUUGAAAAGGAAGAGAGUGAUAAAAGUGGAUAUAUUGAAUUUAUAACUACAUUAAAUGAUGGGUGCUGGAGUUAUGUUGGAAAACAAUCAACAGAAAAACAACAAAUUGGCAUAGGAUAUGGUUGCAACACCAAAGGAACAAUUCUUCAUGAAAUGCUUCAUUCCAUGGGUGUUUUACAUGAGCAUCAACGCUGUGAUCGUGAUAGUUACAUCGAGAUUGUAAAAGAUAAUGUUGACCGUAUUAUAGAAGCCCAACAAGAAGAAAAUGAAAAUGAAGAAGAUAAUGAAGAAGAAGAAGAUGAAGAAGAAGAUGAAGAAGAAGAAGAAGAAGAAGAAGAAGAAGAUGAAGAAGAAGAAGAAGAAGAUGAAGAUGAUGAAGAAGAUAGUGAUGAAAGUGAUGAUAGUAAUGGUGAUGAAAAUAGUGUUGACGAAGCAUUGGCACAGUUUGAAUGCUACUAUUCUAUCAAACAAACACAUUAUUCUUCUCCCUAUGAUAUUUUCUCCAUUAUGCAUUAUGAUUUAUGGGCUUUAUCAAAGAAAAGAAAACGUACAGCCAACACAAAAACAAUAAGAUUAAAACCAGAAUUUAUGAAUUUAACAAAAGAUAUGGAAGAACUAAUUGGUAAAAUGGGUAGAAUGAGUGAUACAGACAAGCAAGAGAUCAAUACACUGUACGGAUGCAUUAAACCAACAUGCAUUGUUUCUUGUAAUGGUACAAAUACUUGUGCUGAACUUCCCCCCGACUCCCAAUGAUAAAAUGAGAGCUCAAGCAAGAAUCAUCAAAACAAUAACUUAUGUAGUUGGCGGAAAAAUGGUGGCUAGCAUUAAAAAACUAGAUAAAGAGUUUCGUGUUUUUUUAAAAAUUCAUCCUAAUGUUUAUACUAAAGAGUUGCACAAUGUUAUUCAUUUAACUGUUGGUUCUAGUCAAAAAAGUCGUGGCAGAGAGGUUUUAGGUGUAUGGUUUUCAGAUGUGGGUGAUGGCAGAUUGAAUAUCAC